AUGAAGACAGGGCCCCAGGCUUGGAGGAUACUGGCAAAGUCAUGUCUUCUCUGUGUUGCCCUGGGAUGUCUCUAUUUCUCUGGUUCUAGAGGGGAGAAGCCAGAUUUCUUUGACGCAAAUGCAGCCAACCAGAGCCUUGCUAAGAGCAGACGAGUACGGAGUGUGGAUAUCACCCCAGCGCCUGUUGACUGUGAGCUGUCCAGCUGGUCCUCCUGGACCGCAUGUGACCCCUGUCAGAAGAAAAGGUACAGACAUGCUUACUUGCUCCAGCCCUCCCAGUUCCAUGGGGAAUUGUGUGACUUCUCUGACAAGGAAGUUGAAGACUGUGUUACCAACCGACCAUGCAGAAGUCAAGUGCGAUGUGAAGGCUUUGUGUGUGCACAGACAGGGAGGUGUGUGAAUCGCAGACUCCUCUGCAAUGGAGACAAUGACUGUGGAGACCAAUCAGAUGAAGCAAACUGUAGGAGGAUUUAUAAAAAAUGUCAACAGGGAAUGGAGCAGUACUGGGCGAUUGGCAAUCUGGCCAGUGGGAUAAACCUAUUCACAGACACACUCGAGGGCCCAGUUCUCGAUCACCGGUAUUACGGUGGUGGAUGCUCCCCCCACUACAUCCUGAACACCAAGUUUAGGAAGCCGUACAACGUGGAAGGCUACACCCCACAGACCCAAGGCAAAUAUGAAUUUGCACUUAGAGAAUAUGAAUCAUAUUCAGAUUUUGAACGCAAUGUGACAGAGAAAACAACCAGCAAGUCUAGUUCCAAGUUUGGUUUUAAAAUAAUUGGCCUAUUUGAGCUUGGAUAUAAAGAAGACAGCAACAAAGGCAGACAUUACAUUAGCAGAACCAAACGAUUCUCACACACUAACAGCAAGUUUCUGCACGCACGCUCUGUCCUUGAAGUGGCCCAUUACAAGCUCAAGUCCAGAAACCUCAUGCUCCAUUAUGAAUUCCUCCAGAGGGUGAAGAGCCUGCCCCUAGAAUACAGCUACGGGGAGUACCGAGAUCUCCUUCGUGACUUUGGAACUCACUUUAUCACUGAGGCCGUGCUUGGAGGAGUUUACGAGUACACGCUUAUUAUGAACAAAGACAUCAUGGAGCGAGGAGAUUACACUUUUGACAGUGUUUCUUCCUGUAUUGAAAAACAAUUCAAAGUUGGUGGUGCCGUCUCUAAAGUCUACCUCAAAUUUGGCGCGUCAGAAAAGAAAUGCAAUGAUACUCUGAAUGAAAUCAAAGACAGAAACAAGAGGAACACCAUGGUAGAAGACUUGGUAGUUCUUGUGCGAGGAGGGACAAGUGAAUACAUCACCACCUUGGCAUACAGAGAGCUGCCAACAGCUGAACUGAUGCGGGAAUGGGGAGAUGCUGUGCAGUACAACCCAGCAAUUAUCAAAAUCAAGGCUGAGCCCCUGUAUGAGCUUGUGACAGCCACAGACUUUGCCUACUCCAGCACAGUGAAACAGAACAUAAAGAAGGCCCUAGAGGAAUUCCAGAUGGAGGUCAGCUCCUGCCACUGUGCUCCUUGCCAAGGCAAUGGAGUCCCUGUCCUGAAAGGAUCACGCUGUGACUGCAUUUGCCCUGCUGGUUUCCAAGGCAUAGCCUGUGAGGUCACCAAUCGGAAAGAUGUCCCCAUUGAUGGGAGGUGGAGUUGCUGGUCUGACUGGUCUGCAUGCUCUGGAGGACAUAAAACAAGACAAAGGCAGUGCAACAAUCCACUCCCUCAAAAAGGAGGCAGCCCCUGUUCAGGCCCUGCUUCAGAAACACUCGACUGUUAG